CGGUCUCUACUAGUGAAGUGCGGUAAACGAGCAGCAAGUCGGCCAUUGGUGGAAUAAAGUGGAAGCAGGUGGUUGUAUCGACACUAAAAUCUCGGAUAGUUCUCGUCGUUGGAACGAGGCCGGCGAAAUCGAACUGGCAUUCUGUGGCGCACGGAAACGUCUUGUCACCGGUUGUCCCAAUUGCGGCAGCGGAUUAGUGAGUCUCUCUGGUCGCGGGAUGACAAAGCCUCGUGUGUCGAUCCCUUGUAAUGGCGGAAGCAUGCCCCUUUGGAAGUACCAGGAGCGAACGAGAAGAGCCGACGAUUCCUACUGAUGUCCCGCGGAUCCAUCCCUCGUGGCCCGGCGCGAAUAAUGCCGGAGUGCUAAAGACCACCUACACCGACAAGGGACCCAAACCCGACGGCGGAAAGUUCCUCUGUUUCGAUCACGUCACCUUUUACGUGGGCAAUGCCAAACAAGCGGCCAGCUAUUACACAACCCGAAUGGGUUUCACCGAGUUGGCCUACCAGGGACUGGAAACGGGCAGCCGCAAACUGGCCAAGCACGUGGUCCGCCAGAAUAAGAUCGUUUUUGUGUUCGUGUCCGCCUACGAACCGGACAACACCGAACUGGGUGCGCAUCUAAUUCGACAUGGCGACGGAGUCAAGGACGUAGCCUUUACCGUUGAAGACCUGGACGUGAUCGUCAAGCGAGCAAAACAGCGCGGAGCGGAAGUGGUUCGCGACGUUUGGGAAGAGAGCGACGAGUUCGGAACGGUGCGAUUUGCCACCGUCAAGACAUACGGCGAUACUCAGCACACAUUCGUCGAGAGGAAAAACUAUCGGGGUCUUUUCCUGCCAGGCUACAAGGCUCCGCUGUACGAUGAUGUGCUUGUCAAGCAACUGCCUCCGACCAACCUCGACUUCAUUGACCACGUUGUGGGCAACCAGCCCGACCUUCAAAUGGAAUCGGUGGCCGCAUGGUACGAAAAGGUAUUGAUGUUCCAUCGUUUCUGGUCCGUGGACGACAGCCAGAUCCACACCGAAUACUCCGCUCUGAGAUCGAUCGUGAUGACCAACUACGAGGAAACGGUCAAAAUGCCCAUCAACGAGCCUGCCAAGGGCAAGAAAAAAUCUCAAAUAGAAGAAUAUGUGGACUACUAUGGAGGAGCCGGUGUUCAGCAUAUCGCUUUGAACACCAGCGACAUCAUUAAGGCAAUCGAGAAUCUUCGCGCCAGAGGAAUGCACUUUUUAUCAGUACCGAACACUUACUACGAUCAACUGCGAGAACGCCUGAAGAGCAGCAAGGUCAAGAUUCAGGAGGACAUGGACACACUGCAGAAACUGAACAUUCUGAUCGACUACGAUGAAAAUGGUUAUCUGUUGCAAAUAUUCACCAAAAACAUGCAGGACCGACCAACACUGUUCCUAGAAGUUAUCCAGAGACAUGGGCAUAACGGAUUUGGAGCUGGAAACUUCAAGGCUUUGUUCGAGGCCAUCGAAGCCGACCAGGACAAGCGUGGAAACUUGUAAAACAAUGUGAAUAAUAACGAGACGCGGCAAACUGUAUUCUGCAUUGAGCCAUAAACCAGAGUACACUCAUCUUCAUAAAUCUAUUUCAUAAUUGUUAGUACCGUGAAUGUUACCUUAGAUAUGUAUAGGAUGUAAGUUUUUUUUAUCGUAAACCGUUCUUGUAGCAACUAUAAA